AUGACGCUCAAGGUCAUGUGCACUGUCGGGUCGGAUACGAAUCGCAUUCCUAUCAGUCUGCCACCACCGUAUACCUGGACGGGCACGAAAUCUGGGCAAUUGAGAGCCAACCCAAACGACUUCACCACCACCAGCACCCUCCUUGUCGGACCCAAAGCGACACCCUUCCUAAUACACACCACCCUCCUCACCUCUCAAUCGCCAUACUUCCGCGCAGCACUCACCGGCCGCUUCGCCGAAGCAUCCGAAAACACAAUCCGCCUCGACGACGUCGAUGUCUCGCACUUGCCAACUCCUCGUCUCAUGGCUGUACACCGGCUCCAUCCCACCGCCCUACAAAGACGGCAAACCCGCAUACUACACGCUCCUCCACGCCUACGCGCUCGCGGACCGCCUCUGCUUCGAAGGGCUACGCAACGCCGUAAUCGACCUAAUCUCCGACCUCGCCGACGCACAAACAGCGUCCUCACGCCCUCGGACACACGCAUCCUAGCGCGGUUGCGUGUGAUGAGUGCUGUUUGGCGUUUUGCACCCAAGUGCGUGGAGGCGGGGACGGCGAUGGCGGGGUGGGAUGAUGGGCGGAGUCGGUGGGUAGAUGAGGAAGACGGGGAGAAGAAGCGCAAGUGGGAGAGUUCAUGGCGUUUUGGGUUUUUGCAUCAAGCAUCAUAG